AUGCUGCGCCUGGGGCUGUGCGCGGCCGCCCUGCUGUGCGUGUGCCGGCCCGGCGGCGUGCGCGCCGACUGCUGGCUCAUCGAGGGCGACAAGGGGUACGUGUGGCUGGCCAUCUGCAGCCAGAACCAGCCGCCCUACGAGACCAUCCCGCAGCACAUCAACAGCACCGUGCACGACCUGCGCCUCAACGAGAACAAGCUCAAGGCCGUGCUCUACUCCUCCCUCAACCGCUUCGGCAACCUCACCGACCUCAACCUCACCAAGAACGAGAUCUCCUACAUCGAGGACGGCGCCUUCCUGGGCCAGGCGAGCCUGCAGGUGCUGCAGCUGGGCUACAACAAGCUCAGCAACCUGACGGAGGGCAUGCUGCGCGGCAUGGGCCGCCUGCAGUUCCUCUUCGUGCAGCACAACCUCAUCGAGGUGGUCACGCCCGCCGCCUUCUCCGAGUGCCCCAGCCUCAUCAGCAUCGACCUGUCCUCCAACCGCCUCAGCCGCCUGGACGGCGCCACCUUCGCCGGCCUGGCCAGCCUCAUGGUGUGCGAGCUGGCGGGCAACCCCUUCAGCUGCGAGUGCGACCUGUACGGCUUCCUCACGUGGCUCGUGGCCUUCAACAACGUCACCAAGAACUACGACCGCCUGCAGUGCGAGUCCCCGCGGGAGUUCGCCGGCUACCCGCUGCUGGUGCCACGGCCCUACCACAGCCUCAACGCCAUCACCGUGCUGCAGGCCAAGUGCCGCAACGGCUCGCUGCCCGCCCGGCCCGCCAGCCACCCCACGCCCUACUCCACCGACGCCCAGCGGGAGCCCGACGAGAGCUCGGGCUUCGGCCCCGACGACAUCCUGUCGGCCGAGCCGCCCGCCUCGUCCACCACCGACGCGUCCGCCGGGCCGGCCAUCAAGCUGCACCACGUCACCUUCACCGCGGCCACGCUGGUGGUCACCAUCCCGCACCCCUACAGCAAGAUGUACGUGCUCGUGCAGUACAACAACAGCUACAUCUCCGACGUGAUGACGCUCAAGAACAAGAAGGAGAUCGUCACCCUGGACAAGCUGCGGGCCCACACCGAGUACACCUUCUGCGUGACCUCGCUGCGCAACAGCCGCCGCUUCAACCACACCUGCCUGGCCUUCACCACGCGGGAGCCCGUGGCCGGCGACCUGGCGCCCAGCACCUCCACCACCACCCACUACAUCAUGACCAUCCUGGGCUGCCUCUUCGGCAUGGUCAUCGUGCUGGGCGCCGUGUACUACUGCCUGCGCCGGCGGCGCCGGCAGGAGGAGAAGCAGAAGUCCGGCAAGGUCAAGAAGACCAUCCUGGAGAUGCGCUACGGGGCCGACGUGGAGGCCGGCUCCAUCGUGCACGCCGCCCAGAAGCUGGGCGAGCCCCCGCUGCUGCCCGUGUCCCGCAUGUCCUCCCUCCCGUCCAUCGUCGGGGAGAAGCUGCCCACUGCCAAGGGCCUGGAGGCCGGGCUGGACACGCCCAAGGUGGCCACCAAGGGCAACUACAUGGAGGUGCGUACCGGCACCAGCACCAGCACCGGCACCGGCACCGGCACCAGCUCCGGCACCGGCACCGGCAGCGGCAGCGGCACCGGGGCUGGCUCGGGCACCGGUGGCGGGGACGGCCCGGCCCAGCCCGAGAGUAACCGCCCGGGCCCGGGCAACAGCCAGGGCUCGGCCACGGAGAUCUCCACCAUCGCCAAGGAGGUGGACAAGGUCAACCAGAUCAUCAACAACUGCAUCGACGCCCUCAAGCUGGACGCGGCCACCUUCAUCGCGGUCCCCGGCGGCGGCGCUGGCGGCGGCGGCGGCGGCGGCGGCGGCGGCGGCGGCGGGGACCCCGAGCUGGCCUUCGAGUGCCAGUCCCUCCCCGCGGCCACGCCGGCCUCCUCGGCGGCCUCCCCGGGGGGCCUGGAGCUCCCCACCUUCCUCCCGCCCCCGUUCAAGGAGAGCACCCACCACCCGCUGCAGCGCCAGCUGAGCGCCGACGCCGCCGUGGCCCGCAAGACCUGCAGUGUGUCCUCCAGCGGCUCCGUCAAGAGCGCCAAGGUCUUCAGCCUGGACGUGCCCGACCUCCCGUCCCCCGCGGGGCUGGCCAAGAGCGACUCCAAGUACAUCGAGAAGAGCAGCCCCCUCCACAGCGCGCUGGACCGGCUCCCGCUGGUGCCGUCGGGCAGCAGCGGCAGCGGGGGCAGCGCCGGGGGCGGCGGGGGCAGCGUGCACCACCUGGAGGUGAAGCCGGCCGCCUUCCACUGCAGCGAGCACCGGCACAGCUUCCCGGCCCUCUACUACGAGGAGGGCGCCGACAGCCUGAGCCAGCGCGUGUCCUUCCUCAAGCCGCUCGCCCGCUCCAAGCGGGACUCGGCCUACUCGCAGCUCUCGCCCAGACACUACUACUCGGGCUACUCCUCCAGCCCCGAGUACUCGUCCGAGAGCACGCACAAGAUCUGGGAGCGCUUCCGGCCCUACAAGAAGCACCCCCGGGAGGAGGUGUACAUGGCCGCGGGCCACGCCCUGCGCAAGAAGGUCCAGUUCGCCAAGGACGAGGACCUGCACGACAUUCUCGACUACUGGAAGGGGGUCUCGGCCCAGCAGAAGCUGUGA